AUGUUUCGUAAAUUUUUAAUAUUUCUUUUAAUUUUAUUUUUUAUUCCUAUUAUCAUUGCGACAGAGAAUUGCCUUUAUAAAUGUAGAGAUGGGAAAGAAAAUCUAGUUGAUGGACGUUCAGAUUUUAAAGCAAAAUAUCCUGUAAAAAUUAAACGUCUACGUGGAACACUUUACCGUCCGAACAAAGAACCUGCUUGUAAUGAAAAUAGAGCGACUGUUUUAAUGCCUGGAAUUGUUAAACUUUUGGAGGUCAGAAUGACAGUUAAUUCGCCUAAUUUUGAUAAACCAAUUUGUUUAAAUGGGACAAGUCAGUAUUUAGCUAUGCCUAAUUCUUGGUGUUCAUUCAAUUUAUGUGAAUUUAUUGGAAAUGAUUUAUGCAAACUUUUACAAACACCCGGAAUUCAUACAAUUAGGGAAUUAGAAAAAGUACUUAAUUUUAACUCAACCCAACUCCUUCCUGAUCCACCUGGUAUUUUUGGGAUUACUUUAUUGGAUAUAUUAUCGGUAAAUUUAUUUACAGUAAUUAAUAUCCCAUCCAAGUCAAUACACCCCCUCUCCCCUCCCCCGAGGAAAAAAUCGUGUUUUCGGUGUAGUGGGAAGAUUUUCAGUCAAUAA